AUGCGCAGCGCCUAUCUUUCAUCUCGAAUCAUCAGACCUUUCGCCAUCGGAAAGCAGUGUGUUCGAUGUCUCCAUAAUAAUACACCCUCUCCCUCCGUACCUUCCCCGACACCGUUUGUUCCCGAUGUCCAAACCUUUCUCAAGUUGAUUGGUCGUGGUAUGGCCAAGCACGCAAGCAAGUUUCCUUCCUGGGACAAGUUAUUUGCACUCACGUCGACGGAGCUCCGUGAUUUGGGCAUUGAACCAGCACGCCAGAGGCGAUAUCUACUUCGCAAGAGAGAAAAGUUCAGGCAGGGCAUUCACGGGCCCGGUGGCGACCUGGACCACGUUGUCGAUGGUGUUGCGCAGUUGAGAGUCGUCGAAGUUCCCCUGGAUCCCACUGCCUUUUCCAAAGACGCUGUACACCCAAAGCUCCCGGGUUCUUCGGCUACCCUGUCUCCCGGCAUGAGAAAAACCAUCGUUAAUCUACCCCCGGAUGCUACCGAGUAUUCGCACGACUCGUCGAGAUCGCUCAAGAAAUUUGCAUACAUGAAGAUACAUCGCGGCUCCAUGGUUCGUGGACCGUUCUUGCAGCCGAUAAAGGGCGCAAAUGGCCAGGCAUGUCUAAUCCAAGCCGAGGAAGGCAUGUGGGAAGACAAAUUGGGGCAUAAGGUGGAUGGUGGGGAGAGGAGGCGCGCUGAAGUCAGAGCUAAGCAGAGAAGCGAGGAACGGAGGAAAGGAACAGCCUAA